UCGACGGUACUCGAUGGGAACGGGUCGGCAGCUGCCAACGCGUUCUACAAAAGCAUCGAUGCGGCCCCGAAUAUGAAUGUGGCCAGAACGAAGACGAGUAUUCCACUCGUCUCGGAACUUGUGUUGAAGACGAUGGCCACAAAGAGAGCUCAGGCCGGACUUGCCAACGCCGCCAAGUCGACAUUUGGAGAUGAGGAAUUG